AUGGCAAAAGCAACGACCGGUGAAGAAGAAAGGAUGUGGUGCGGUCACUGCGGCGUUAACACUCCCAUCCGCCGUGAAGGAAACUCCGGUUCCGUCAAGGCUUGUAAUUGGUGUGGAAAAGUGCUAGCAGAUGAGACUGGAACCGCUGAUGAAUAUAAUCAACUCUUCCUUCGGCUUCAAGAAUGGCAAAACUUCGUUUCUGUUUCCGGCAAGAAAUCUCGACGUAUUAAAAAACCAUUAAACUGA